AUGCCUUCUCAAGGUUCUCAGAAAAUUUCCCCUUCUCCUUUGUGUCUGCCGCUGUCCAAAUUUUCCUAUGCUACUGUUUCCAAUGAAAGCAUCGCUCCUAUCCCAUGGCUUCACAUCUCAGGCAAGAAUCGUUUGUUUGCUGUUUUCGAAACAAGCCCUACUCAGCUGGAAGAUGGCCGGAUUGAGGAGAGACAAAAAUUCAAGGUCUUGCAGGAUCCUGAAGUCAUGGAAGAACUCGAUCUCAACGCUUUAGCAGUUGAAGCCCACCGUGCGAUGGCUCAACCAACCAACCUGAUGAAUGCUCAAGUUCCCGAUGUCACAGUCAUUGUCAAAGUUCCAGUUAUCGCCAUGAAAUAUCCCAUGAACAACGGACAGAUACGACGCUUCCAGAUCCGAUUCCCAUCCAACGAAGACUACUACGAAGCAAUGAAAAUGCUGUCUCGUGCCAAUGUCCCUACUGUUGAAGCCGGCUCCUUCCCUGUGCAAAGACCGCAAUUUGUGCCGCAGAUAGCUCCCCCGGCCUUGUUGACGCCCAAUGAUUCAGCAUCCCAGAUAGGGUCGCAGCAGGAAGAUCCGAAAACGCGUGAUCAAGCCGGCGCGUUUCCUCAGGUCGCUUCCACGACCCGGCAUCUUCAGUCUGCCGUCCCAGCUCGACCCGCGAUGGGUCCUCCUGCAUCCCGACCCUCGACAAUGGAUGCAAUGCAAUACCGGCCACUUAAAGAAUCGUCAACGUUCGGGCUACCUCAAACACGGCAAAAUCUCGCACCACGUUCAAACGUCUCACUAAGUACUGCUACGACUCUCGUCAACAGCAAAGUUAAUUUCACCGUGCAGGACAAUUCUGCCGCCCAUCAUGCCUAUGGCAAUGCUAUGAACAUGCAACACGAGCUCGGCCGUCCAGGAACAAACACGAUAAAGCAUCCAACCACAAAUCCAGUCGAUAUGCAAGACGAUAUGCAAGACCCAGGGCUUGGGUUGCCGCCAAAGAGAACGUUGCCGUUCCGCAGGUCAGACUCCACAGCAGACGAGUAUCUCGCUUCUGCAGUAGCCACUGAAGCCACCAGCAUCAACGAAAAGAAUGAACUGGGGCAUCUGCCUGCAGCCUCAGAGAAGCAAGAAGUCAUUGUGGACCCGGUGUGCUCACCACAGGCCAAGGGCAAACGAAAACGAGCUCCCGCGAAGACAUCGACCGCCAAGAAACCACGAGCCACAAAUACACGCAAGAAAGCUGGAAACAAGGCUGCAGAAGACAACCAGCCGAUCCCAACAGUUGAGGAUCUGCUCAAACAGCCUGACCGGCCUCUUUUCCAGCGAAUGGUGCACCAAAACGCGGAGACCAAGCACCUAGAAAUAUCCGACUCGGAGCCACGUUCAACCAGGCGGGCAGGUGGCUCCAUGGGAAGUCCAUCUCUCGGAGCACCCAGCAGACGCGUGACAAGGUCAGCAUCUCGAGCACUAGUCCCCAUCCAGGAUCAGAGCAUUGUCCAGAAUGGCACAGACACAGACCGCACCAAGGGAUUCCCCUGCACACCUGCCGACCAGAUGAUCGUGCCAGUGAUGCCAGGCUCGCCUGAAGCCCAGCACAGCUGCAAUGCUCCAUCGCCACAAGAUCGCCCACCAAGAUCCGGACAAGAUAUUCCGCAAUCGUCGUUUGCAUGUGCCGAUCUGAAACCGAUGGCCGAACAACCGGAUGUGCCUAUUCAUCAAGUCAUGCCCGCCCCUGAUGGUCUACACGCCGAUGCUGACAUUGCCGGUGAAUUUCAGAGGCUUCAAGCUUGGGCAAAUCAACCGGACGGCGUCCGCAGUGCCGCUCUGAAAUCAUACUUCUGCCGCUUGAUCAUGGAUGAGAGCUUCGGUCGUGUCUGCAAGUCCUUGGACUCGUGGUGGGAGACGGAGAUCAUGAAGGGCAAGAUCGAAAGGCGGCAUUGA